AUGGAAAAAACACCGCUCUACUUCCGCUCAGCGCAGCUCCUCUUCAUUCUCAUCACCACGGCCCUGAUAGGCAAUGUGAUCGCUACCAACGUCUCGGCCGCUUCGUCGGCCACAGCAGCCAUCAACUUCACCAUGUUCGUCCUUGUAAUCACCUGGCUAGCCGCCCUUUACGGUCUCAUUUCCACCGUCGUUGAGCGUCUCUCCUACCCGGUCGGCCUUCUCGCCCUCGACGCCGCCGCUACGCUCUUCACCUUUAUCGCCGCCAUCGUGCUGGCUGCCAAGUUGACAGUUGUUAACUGCGCCGACCCAGGCGAUAAGGCGGCCGAUUGGAUUGCCUACGGCAGCGCCGACAAUACCAAGCGGUGCAGACAGAUCCAGGCGUCGACCGUGUUUAUGUGGUUCUUGUUUCCGCUGUUCACGGCCGUUCUGGUGCUGAGCCUCAUGGGAUUUCGCAGGGGGGGUGGUAGCGUGAGGACUGGUCCGACUAUGAGCCAGAUUGGCGUAUAA